GUUGUACUGUUUUUUUUGAUCUUUAGUUAUGGUUCUUUUUUAAUUUAUGACUGUUCAAAUGAUAGUUUAAACUGUAUAACUGUCAUUUCAGCUGGGUCUUUUCUUGUUAGGGUUUAAUAUGAAAGGGUUUUGAUUAUUUUGGGGGCUUUUAAAAAUGUUUUGCUAUUUAAUUAAGCUAUUUUGACGAGAUUUAUUGUGCUUUUAUGGGAAUUAGAAGACUUGGGUUGACUUCAAUUUUGGUGGGUUUUUCUUGAAGAUUUUGUUUUUCGUUUGAUAAGGAGGGGUUCCCACUGAUGUUCCGGAAUCGAGAUUGUGGAAUAUAUAACAUUUGCAGAUCAAAUGCCAUCUCUAAGAAUGAAGGCCAAGUCAAGCACGGGUUCUUUAAGAGAAAAAAAUGGUCUCCGUGUGUGUCAGAAGUCUAGCGUGAUUUGUAAAAGACCGUGCUGUCAUGUCAGGGUUUCCCAACAAGGAGCUGAAUUCAGUUCAUGCAUUCAAAACUCUCAUGAUGAUUCAUCAAAUGUAGACGUGGCCCCUCAAGGUUUUGAAACUGAUGGGGCUGAUGUUCAGCAACUAAUUUUGGAUGAAGAAAAUUCCGAGCUUCAAAAACAGCUCUCAGUUUUUGUCGAUUCUGCAACAGUGGGGAGAAUGGAAACUGCCCACAGCUGUGCCUCAAACUUAGAGACAAUAUUCUCUCCUUUUCUGGAGUCAAUCCAAAUAAACAAUCAACCUAAUAUUGACAAUAAUGCAGGGAAUAGUGACAGCCCUGAAGUGUCAGCACUAGGCACUGAUGAUAGUGAUGAUAACAAAAGCUCAUUUGGCAGUCAGACGUGUAACGUAUCAGAUUUCUUUAUAUCUGACAUGAUAAUUGCAAGCAUACCUUUUGAUGGAAAUGCUGUUGAUGAUAACAUCUCUGGAACUGAUGCAUUUCCUGAUUUCAAGUGUUCUGAGCCAAGCAUGUUGUUUGACGUGGCUGAGCAAUACAUGAUAUUACCUUUCCUCGAGGACACUGUCAAAGUCAAUGAAAUAAAUUAUGUUAACUUGCAUGAGGAAGCCAUGAUGGCUCAAGAUAAUACUGGUAUACAUCUAGCCAUUGGUCAGAUGAGAUCGUGUGUAGAGGACUCUGAUGUUAACUCUGACUCUGAUAAAGCAGAUGACUUUGACCCACAAUCGUUUAUAAAAAGUUUACCAGAACUAUCUGAUGUAGUGUCAAGUUUCCGGCCCGCUGCAACUGCCAUGGAAGCUCGGAGAAGGAAGCCCAUAACUCUUGUGCUUGAUUUGGAUGAAACUCUUGUCCACUCUACUCUUGAACCUUGUGAUGAUGCUGACUUCACCUUUACAGUCUUUUUCAACAUGAAAGAGCACACUGUGUAUGUAAAGCAGAGGCCUCACCUCCAUAAAUUUUUGGAGAAAGUUGCAGAAAUGUUUGAAGUUGUUAUCUUCACUGCAAGUCAAAGCAUUUAUGCAGAACAACUACUGGACAUACUGGACCCAGAUAGAAAGCUCAUAUCCCGGCGGGUUUAUCGUGAAUCUUGCAUUUUUUCAGAUGGAAGUUACACUAAAGAUUUAACAGUAUUAGGUGUUGAUCUUGCAAAAGUUGCUAUAAUUGAUAAUUCACCACAGGUUUACAGGUUACAAGUGAAUAAUGGGAUUCCUAUUAAGAGUUGGUUUGAUGAUCCAUCCGAUUGUGCACUAAUUUCAUUACUUCCCUUCUUAGAGACUCUGGUUGACAUUGAUGAUGUCCGCCCUGUCAUUGCCAAGAAAUUUGGUAACAAGGAAUAAGAGCACCUUUAUUUCUCUAGCUAGCUUUCAAUAUAAUUCCUUGUCUUUCUAUUUGCUUUUAAAAUUUAGCCUCUAAUUAGAUACCCAGUUCUCAUUUUCUCUUUAAAAUUAACCACAAAAUAAGCUAUCAUUUGUCUUCUUGUCGUGUCUGCCUUUUUUUGCUUGUUUCCUUUUCUUUCUCCCCUUAUUUGACGCCCUGUGGAGUUCUCUUAUCUAAUUUUUGUUUAUCAAAGGUAAUGGUAGAAAAUGUCUCUGUUUAUUUUAUUGUACAGUUUCAGUUUCAAUCAUAUAAGAUUGUAUAUGAAUUAUUUGUGAAAUAUAAUCUUGCAGAUUCCUGUUUGCUA